AUGAAGAAAUUGGGUCACGACAAAGCUCUCAAACUCUUUAGUUGGCAUGCCUUCAAUACACAGAAACCUGAUAAUGAUUAUGGGGAAGUCACAAAAGCUGUGAAUAUUUUCCUUGACAUCGCGUGUUUCUUCAAAGGAAAGAAUGUAGAAUAUGUCAUAAAAAUACUCGAUAGUACUCAUGGUUUUCACUCAUAUAGUGGCAUUGAAGAGCUAAAGGAUAGGUGUCUCGUAACUCAGUCUAACAACAAAUCAUUGAAGAUGCAUAAUUUGAUUCAAGAAAUGGGUAGAGAAAUUGUUCGACAAGAAUCACUGAAUGAGCCUGGCAACCGUAGUAGAUUGUGGUUUCAUGAAGAUGUUCGUGAUGUCCUAGAAAGAGAUACGGGAACAAACAAAGUUGAAGGCAUUUUGAUACAUUUGCCUAAACCAGGCUUGAUACACUUAAGUCCCAACACCUUCAAGAAGAUGAAAAAGCUUCGAAUGUUUGAAAACCGCAAUGCAUGCUUUUCUGAAGAGCCGAAUUUUCUCUCUAAUGAGUUAAGAUUGCUUGAUUGGUAUAAAUAUCCUGGAGAAUCUUUGCCAUCCAAUUUUUGUGGAAAGAAUCUUGUUGUUUUAAGAAUGCGUCAUAGCCAACUCAAGGAUUUGGAGGGAGUCCAGAAUUUUCAAAACACGACAAUUAUGAAUUUCUCUCAUUGUAAAUUCCUACAAAAAAUUCAUGAUGUUUCAAGGAUUCCAAAUUUACAAAAGUUGAUUCUUACAGGUUGCACAAAUUUAAUUGAGGUUCAUCAUUCUGUUGGAUCCCAGGAUAAGCUCGUUAGUUUGAGACUUAAAGGAUGCUCUAAUCUUAUGAGUUUUCCGAGAAGCCUCAAGAUGAGAUCUCUCAAAUUUCUUUCGCUUCAGGGUUGCUUAAAGCUUAAGAAUUUUCCUGAAAUCCAGUGUCAAAUGGAAUGUUUAAAGAAAAUUGACUUUAGAAAAACUGGUAUAAAGGAACUGCCUUCAUCCAUUGGGUACCUCGUUGGGAUUAAAACCUUAAAUCUAAGCACUAGCGCAAAGCUUACGGAUCUUCCGGAUAGCAUUCAUAAGUUGCAACAUUUAGAAAUACUAAACAUUGGCGGGGGCUUGACUAGGACAAUAGGACUUAGAAACUUUCCAGAUGCAUAUCAUCUUGUUCUCCUACGUUGUUCGAAAGUUGCUGAGUUUUUUAAAGUAGAGGAGGAUACGAGGCAUUCCAUGCCCACGGUUGUAUCCAUGGAGGAAUCUGCCACUUCAUCAACACCAGAAUUACUCCAAUUGUCGCCUCUGACGGAUACAAGCGAUUCUAAUGAUGGUUGUUCCUCCAUACUAUUUCCGAAACUUCAAAUGUUGGCUUUUAUAAAUUGUGACCUCUCAGAAUCAAAUAUCUUUAGGACCUUUUAUUGGUUCUCCACAUUGACGAUUUUAGUAAUAGCAUACAGUGAUAUUGUUACCCUUCCUCCGUGCAUCAGAAGAUUUGUUAGAUUGAAGCACCUAUAUUUGAUAAAAUGCAAACAACUUCGAGAGAUUCUUGGACUUCCACCAAAUGUUGGAACGAUAUUUCCAGCAUUGAUUCUUGGAAACAAUGUCCUACCAGAAUCAGAUUUCUUAAUUCAACGUGAUUGCCCUUCUAGUUUAAAAGUUCUAAAACUACUUGGUAGUGCUAUUGUUAGCCUUCCGGUAUGGCUCAAUAGAUUUGCUGGAUUGGAGCAACUUUACUUGGGCGGUUGCAAGCAACUAAGAGAAAUUCCAGAACUUCCACCAACUCUUCAAAUGAUUGACUUGUUCGGUUGCCAUGGAUUGCAUGAAAAUAUAGGGGGACAACUUAAGGACCAUGAAUUUGGCUGUAUAUUUGUUGGAAACAAGAUUCCAGAUUGGUUCAACCACUGUAAAGAGGUUUCAAAUGCUAAUUCGUGUGAAAUUGAUAUCGAUGAGCCUGUACAUUUGGAUUUAGAGAAUACAAGAUUUUCUUUCUCUGCAGUCAUUGGAACAAAUGAUGUACAAGUUGAAGUACUUGUUUUGCAAAUUUGUGUUGAAGUCAUCAACAAUGGCCAACGAAUCAUUUAUCGUACGUUUACUUUCAUGCAUAAUUCAACCCGCUCAGAUAAUGUAUGGUUACAAUUCCUUGUUUCACACCGAUAUCAGCUAAAGAUGGAUAAUCUUCGAGUUAAAUUUACAUGCAAGGAUCAACAGUUCAAGUCUACAUGCAAGUAUAACAAUUUCAAGCCUUCAAAGUCAAUGUUCUUUAAGAGUUGUGGAUUCCACUUGGAACAUAUAUAUGAAGAGAAAGCGAUAGAUAUAAUUGAUGAUAUUCAACUCUCAAAGACGCUGUGA